AUGAGUAAAUUUAAAAAUGAUUUACAAUUUGGCAUUGGAAUGAAUUUUUCAAAUCUUUUAUAUAUAUGUUUCUUUCUUCUGUAUACAUUUGAGGAAUGUCACUCUGUGUGUAGAUUAUCAAAUGAUUAUAAAUAUUAUCAUUCAAAUGUUCAGCAGAGUAUGUCUAAAGGAAAAUUUUUCAUAAAACGACUCAAAGUGAUAUUACAUUAUACAGAUGACAUUAAACGGCAUGAACACUUUGAACUAAUAAAAACAAAAAUUAUCGAACCAGCUAUCAAAAUGUGGGAGCCAUUGUUAAAAGUAAAAGCGAAAUCUAAAAGUCGAAUUCAUUUAUUCAGAAGUUGUGUAAAUGAUUCGAAAGACGCAAAAAUACUUCCUAAUGGUACGCGAUACUAUUAUUGUAGAGUUGGAUGUAAACCAGUAUCAGACUGUUAUCAUGGAGUUAUUCCAGAAAAGUAUUUAGAUUAUUGCCAUGAAUGGCAACAUGGACAACCUAAAAUAAGUGGACAACGUGGAGAAGGCAUAAGGUCUCAUCAGUUAUUAUAUAUUGUUGAUUCCCGGAGAAUUUAUCUUUGUCAAAGAGGGAAUACUGUGGGUUAUUCACAGUAUUGCAGGUUGGAUGGACUCACAGAUAGGCCAAUUGCUGGCUAUGCAAAUUUUUGUCCGGAUAACAUAGAACUUGGCUAUGAAAAGAUUCGAUUGGCUGUUUUAACUAUUGCACAUGAAUUGGGUCAUGUUUUGGGUUUCAACUCGGAAGCUUUCAGAUAUAUGCGAGAUGAAAAUGGUAAACCAAGGACAGUUCGUGAACCUAAUACAAAUGAGCCUAUUUUAACGGAUGCAUUAGGAUACAGAAUUCCAGAUAAAUCAGUUUUAGACAAUGUUACUCGUGUUUGGAGAUCUGCUAAAACUACAGUUUAUCGUUAUUUGACCGCGCUUAAAACACCAAUGAUGCUGCAAAAGGCGAAAGAAUACUUUAAUUGUCCAAGACUUGACGGUGUUGAACUUGAUAACAACGAUCAAGUAUAUGUCAGAGGUCAUUUAGAAAAAAGGUUAAUUGAUCUCAAGAAAUUUGCAGUUGUUUGCUGUGAUUUAUCAACCUUAAAAUCCGAAAAAGUCGAAGAGCAAAAUAAGCAGAGUUCACCUAGAUUGUCUCUAUUAUGGUAUAUGAAGGAGACAAAAAUUGUUCUACCUUCGCUCACGUACUGGGAAAAAACACUAGGCGUGAAAAAGAUUGCUUCAGACAAUAUAAUACUUGAGAGACAAUGUUUGGAUGGACAGACGUCAUAUGUAAAAUGGCCAAACGGUACAAUCGGUAUAUAUUGUAAUAAAGGUUGUGAAAAUAUCACAAGGUGUUUCACGGAGCCUAUACCUGAUAACUAUCUUAAUGGAUGUAAGCAGUUUAUUAACAACAAGCCCAACAUCCAAGGAACAAAAGGAGUUGGAAUAGCACCAAAUGGUUAUUUGGUUUUUGUCGAUGCUUCAGCAACUGAACCGUGUCAAAGUGAUGAACUACUGGCUUAUGCACUGGCGUGUCAACUUGAGUUUGGCACUGACAGGCCGGUGGCGGGUUACGUUAACAUGUGUCCAAAUCAAUUGUCAGUUAAACCAGAAGACAUUCGUUCAACCAUUUCUACUUUUAUUCAUGAAAUGGGACACGCAUUGGGAUUUUCAAGUUCAUCCUAUGCAUUCUUACGUCAGGAGGACGGUACACCACGCACACCUAGAGAUCCUCAAACUAACUUACCUGCACUUGGUCAGGAUUCAGACUUUAUUUAUAUAGCCAGCAAAUCGACUGUUACAAAGGUUCAGAGAAUAUGGGUUUCUGCAGUGUCCACAACUAUUCGUAGUAUAAAUGCUUUUGUUCUUCCAAGCGUAUUGGCAGAAGCCAGAGCUCACUACAACUGUCCUACAAUGGAUGGAAUGGAUUUAGAAGAUGAUGGAGGAUCUGGGACAGCUUUUGUUCACUUUGAAAAGAGAAUUACUGAAGAUGAACUCAUGUCAGGAAGCUAUUCAAAAGAUUCUUAUGUGUCCACACUGACGUUGGCCUACUUCAAGGAUACUGGGUGGUAUAAUGUUAACAUGUCUAUGGCCCAAAAUUGGAAAUUCGGCAAAAAUUGGGGAUGUGAAUUUGUUCAAAUGAGUUGCUAUGAAUACAUGAAGGUUCAGGUAGCUAGGAAUAAACCCAUCACCCCUUAUUGCACUAGACUUUCAAGCACUGAUAUCAAAUGCUUAGAUUACGAUAAUGCUUAUGGGUUCUGUGAUCUUCAGCGCCAAAAAGACAAGGUUCCUCCUGAAAAUCAAUAUUUUACCAGUAUAGAUGGUGUUUCAGCUUCAGAAUUACCUUAUUAUUCUGGCGGAUCUUCAUUAAGUGAUCGAUGUCCAAUAUACAGGCCAUUUGAACCAGUUACUGGAUAUAAAUAUACAUCAUACUGUCGUCAUCCUGAAAAUCAAGCUACCAUUGAAAUAUUAUUGUUUAUUCAAUGGAAUGCACAUUUAAUGAAACAAAUAAUUAUUACAUUAAACUGUUGUGAUGGAAUUUAUCUGUUAGGAUUAUCAAAUGUUGUACGUAAACGUUUACCUCACUGUGUAAUACUGGCUGAUUUGGGAAAUUUCCAGCCUAAUGUCUUAUUUUGGCUUCAUUCAGUCACUGCCAUUUUAUUUGACAUCUUUCAAGAAAUGUAA